AUGAUGCUGACAACAGGAAUCUCGUUUCUGCUGCUCUCGGGCAUCGCGCAGGCUCAAAAUGCCACUUUUGAGACGCCAGCAGGCAGCUUUCCGACCAGACUGCGCGUCGACAACGGCACGUACGGGCCAGAAGUGGAAGAAGUCCACUACUACUACGACCAGUGGCCAAUUGGCAUCGCACUGGCUUCCGAUGGCCGCCUCUUUGCGACAUACACUCGUGGCGACUACGAAUAUACGCUAGGCGUGGUUGUGAAUGAGACCGCGGAAGAGCCUUAUCCUUCCACGGAACUGAACCUUCCUCCAGACCAGCUCAACACCACAUGGAAUGGCAUUCCUUUCGGAUCCGGCAAUGCCUCGGCCUUCAUAUCUGUACAAGCAAUCUACAUUACUUCUGCUGGAAGCGGCCGUCCCGAGACACUCUGGGCUAUUGACACAGGUCGACCCACAGUACACAAUGCACAGGGCGAGCCAAGCAUGCCGUAUGCUCAGCCAGGCGGCCCAAAGCUGGUCGCAAUCUCGCUCGACAACAAUACCAUAUAUCGGACGUACACAUUUCCAGCCGAUGUACACUACCCAGAUAGCUAUCUCAAUGAUCUUCGCUUCGACUUUGAUCCUGAUCUGUCGGGCACCUCUGGCCAAGGCAUUGCCUACUUGGUCGACAGCAGCAACGAGGGCCGGCCAGGCUUCAUCAUGGUUGACCUCGGCACCGGAGACUCCUGGCGUCGACUCGACCAAGACGUCUCGGUACUGCGAGGCUUCAAUGCCUUGCCAUCCUAUCAAGGCAUCCCCAAGUACAUCGUCCAAAAAGGCCAAGCCAUAACAUGGCAGAAAGAAGGUCUCGAUGGACUCCAGCUCAGCCCAGAUGGGGAGCGCAUGUACUACUCGCCACUUUCAACCAACUAUCUCUGGUCCAUCCCUACAGCCAACCUUCGAGUCAGAGACUCCGAAUGCGCCUCCGCCGAGGUCUUCGCACACGCUAACGUCUCCUCCCACGGCGCUCGCGGCGGCAACGCGAACGGUUUUGAAGGCGACUCGAAUGGAAAGAUCUACCAAUUGAUGCCAGAGCAAAACGCAGUCUACUACUUCAACCCCACGGACGGACUGACUAAGCCAUUUGUGAGAGACCCCAGAAUUUUGUGGCCAGAUGGAGGCAGUGUGGGCGAAGAUGGGUACUUGUACCUCAAUAUCAACCAGCUGCCUUUCCAGCCAGACUGGAACAACGGGACGGAUCUGAGACUUCAUCCAGGUGCUAUCGUGAGAGUCCAGCUGCCGGACGGAGGGAAGAAAAUUAACGAAUUGUACGAUUACUGA